AUGACCUGUUAUGUCUCUGAAAGUCUAGUGAUAUUAAUAUGUAAUGACUUUGAAGCCUUAUUUGAUACCUGCAUGAUGCAUAACCAGCUCAAAAUGGCUGGGAACAGGCGCAGCAGCUCCAGCUGUCAAACUUCCGGACACAGCUGUCAAGGCCAGGGAGGACUCCAACUCCCAACAGGCCUUGCAGUGAAGGCGGAAGAAAGCCUCCUAUUGGCCAGCGUUUGUGCCAUCAAAAUUAAAACGGUAUCUUUCUCUCCAGAGGAGCAAAAUACAACAGCCCUGGCAGAAUUUGGGAAUUAUAUUAAAAAAGUCUUUCCUGAUGUGUUUUCUACCAAGUUCAUUCAGCAUGAGAUCAUUGGGGAAUACAGCCAUCUCUUCACUGUCCAGGGUUCUGACCCUCAGCUCAUGCCCUACAUGCUACUUGCACACAUGGAUGUAGUCCCAGCUUCUCAAGAGGGGUGGCAUGUCCCUCCUUUCUCUGCUCAGGAACUUGAUGGUUUUAUCUAUGGACGAGGGACAGUAGACAACAAAAAUUCUGCAAUAGGUAUUCUGCAAGCUCUAGAAUUUCUGCUGAGAAGAGACUACAGACCUCGCAGGUCUUUCUAUAUCGGCAUUGGGCAUGAUGAAGAGGUUUCUGGUCGUAAGGGAGCAAUGAAGAUUGCAGCUCUGCUGGAAACUAGAGGAGUGAAGCUUGUUUUCCUGCUAGAUGAGGGAAGCGUUAUCCUGGAUGGGUUCUUGGAGGGAAUAAAGAAGCCAGUACCACUAAUAGCGAUCACAGAGAAGGGUUCAAUUACAGCAAACUUCAGUGUGGAAAGCGCGCCAGGUCAUUCCUCUGCCCCUCCUAAGGAGAUGAGUAUCGGUAUUCUUGCAGCAGCGUUGUCCAGGCUGGAGCAGAAUCCCAUGCCCAAUCUCUUUGGCCAGGGGCCAGAAAUCAUGACUCUUGAGUACUUGGCUUCAGAGUUCAGUUUUCCUCUCAAUCUCAUCAUGAGCAACCUGUGGCUGUUCUCGCCUGUCAUCAGUAGAAUUUUUGAGCAGAAGCCCUCCACCAAUGCCUUGAUUCGGACCACCACAGCUAUCACCAUGUUUAAUGCAGGAAUCAAGUCCAAUGUCAUCCCGCCUUCUGCAAAAGCGACUGUGAAUUUUCGGAUCCACCCAUCACAAACGGUUGAAGAGGUGCUAGAGAUAGUCAAAAACACUAUUGCUGAUGACAGAGUGAAGAUAGACAUACAGGAAGCCUUUGACCCGCUCCCUAUCAGCCCAUGGGAUGAUCGUGCCUUUGGAGUCCAGAUUUUCCGAAGAACCCUGCUGGAUGUUUUCCCUGAUGUUGGCAGCGUAGCUCCAGGUAUUUGUAUUGGCAACACAGACAGCCGGCACUUCACUAAUCUCACAGAUGCCAUUUAUCGAUUUAACCCAGUAGUCUUUAAACCGGAUGAUGUACCCAGAGUCCAUGGGUUGAAUGAGAGGAUCUCAGUUGAGGGUUAUGAGAAACAAGUGGAAUUUCUCUUCCAGCUGAUUCAGAACUCUGAUAUCAGCAAGCUCCCAAAGCCUCAUGCAGAAUCCCACGAGCUCUAAGACAAAAGAAACGGGGAGAGGAGCAGCUCUCGAGGUGAAUCAUGGGAUGGCAGCGACGUGGGGUGCACAAAGCAGCUACUGAUCAACAUGGCCCUGUUCUGGAACUAGGUUAUUGAGAACAGCGAUUUGCCUAGAGAUGGAAAGCAAUGAAGCGGCUCUUGGUAGAUAUAAAGCCUGCCAAAAAGUAAAGGGAAGCUUGAAAUAUCAGAAGAGAAUUGGAGCAGUGGGAAAAAACCCUCUGAUCUCUACACCACUUCAUCUCCCUGGUUUCACCUGCAGCCAUUCUAUUCAUGCUAAUAUUAAGGGAAGACAUUGUGGGACGGACCUUGGUGGAGGCAAUGUUCAGGAGAUGGAACAAGCACGACAUGGGAAAAACUGGUGGAAAUAGCCAGAAAAGAGAUUUAUUUUCUAGAAAUAGCCAUCUCCUUUCAUAACCCCACCCCAUUACUGUACUAUAAUAUAAUUCAUCUCUGUGGAAAAAGCCAGUGCAAGGCCUCGGCACCACCAAAGUCCUGUCUGGAGGGCUUAAGUCCCACUAAAUAAGAAUUUAAUUAGGAUUUAAGUGAUGCCUGUGCCUUGUCCUGACCCUCUACAUAGGGAUGAAUUUCAUCCAAAUGGGUCGUUAUAGAUAUUCCCAAAAUUCUAAAGCACCAGUCUGCAAGGGGCUGAGCUGAGUUUAAUAGAAGCUGAAGACACUGAGAACUUUGCAAGAUCAAGCCCCAGAAGUUUAAAAAUCUCGGUGCUGUGCAGCUUUAAAUAUGAUAUUCAAUGUAGGGUGAUCAUAGGUCCCAUUUUGGCCGGGACAGUCCCUUUUUAAGCACCGUCCUAGCUGUUUUAGCAAAAGUGGACAUUUGUCCUGUUUUGCUCUUGCCAAUUGAUCAUCAGUUGGCAAGAGCAAUGCAACAAGUGCCUACUUUUGCCAAAAAAGUGGGGCGCGCACCCCAGGGGGUGAGCGAUAAUGCCAGCCCUGCGGGGAGGGGAGGAGCAGGGGAGCGAUACCAGCCCUGUGCAGGGGAAGCCCAGGCCAGCAGUUUGGGCCAGGCCUGUAUAUUGUCCUUAUUGCCCUUUGGGAAGUAUGAUCACCCUAAUUAAAUGCUAACUGUGUACUCCCCAGCAGUAUGUCUGUGGAGCCUGCUGUAUAAUGCCCCUGGUAUUGCAGCAAGCUUGCUUUUGCCAUUUCUAAGCAGACCUUCCCUUUUGCUCACAUGCCAUCCAUUGCUUCCAUUUGUCCUGGACUGUGAUGCAUUUUACUUGUGUAAUGGAUGGAUAUAUGCGCCUCAAGGGAUGCUAGCAACAUACUGAUAAGGCCAUAGAGCAUGUGCCCUCUCUUGAGCCUUCUCCAUCCACUUCCUGCCUAUGAACAUUUCAGAAAACACUAAUGCUGAAACACUUCCCUGGGGCUUGUUUUUCUGAAGGUGGGUGCUCAGCACAUCCUGAAGUCCCAUGUAAGAGCUCUCCUAGUCACUAAACAUUUGAAAAUCUUAGUCAGAAUUUGCAGUAAUAAAUUCGCAAGAUCUAAUGACAUAGUUCCAACUGGUAGUGCACCAGAGGAGGUACUAAAUCCUGCCAGUGAUUUCUUUCCCUCGUUGUUGUUGCCUUUAAAUAAUUCUGUCUCUCUUUUGUAAGCUUCGGAGACUCUAUGUGAUUGUGGAGCCAGACGUAUGAAUUGCAGCAACUCAGAAUUGUGUAUUCAUCCAUUUUCCCUCAUCACCGAAUAAGCUGAUACCUAGGAAACGUGUUCUUCUCUUUUUAUCUUUAGUUUUCCAUUGCUCGUUUUGUCUCUGUACGGUGCAGAAUGACUCCAGUUCCCUUCCAGGGUAGGGGGAUCUGAGAACACUCUGCACCACACAGGAAAGGACCCUAACACACUGAAGCUGUGUCUACACUAGCACUUUUCAG